GAAAAUAGGACCACAUGAAGUGAGGCACCCACUGAGGAUUUUUGAAGAAAUGAGCUAUUUACUAUAAAAAAAUUUCUGUAAAAUUUGUAUCUUUUCAAAGUAUAACAAAACACCUUCGGUACUGCAUAGUGGGCCCAUCCGAUGAGCGAGCUCACUUAUAUGGGUUAAUUGAUCCAUGCCAUUGCAAAUAUGUCAAUUCAGAAAAAUGCCACUACUAUUCAGCAUAUCUUCUACGUGUGCUACUGAUAAUUGGGAAAAUUGGAACCGUGCCACUCCAUCAUGUUUUCCGUCAAAAAAUCCGUAAGCCCCAACUGCAAGUGGGACCUAGCUGUUAGUUCUAUCUCCCACCUCCCUCCCUUCUCUUUUCUUUCCCCUUCCUCUCUCCACCACUGUAGAUGGUGGUCUCGGGCUGACGACGAGGGCGACAUCCCGGCGGCCACCUCGGGCUCACGCGACGGCUGCUUUAGACUCCGACGACAACUACAAGGAGGUCGAGAUGCAGUCGCCGUCGUCAACCAUCUCUGCGGUGGGAGUCCUCGGGACUUCCUUUCUCUCCACCACCAUCGUUGACCACCUCCGCGGUGGGAGGCCUUGGGAGCCACUGCCGUCGACACCGUCGUCUUCGACCCUAUCUGCGGCGGGAAGCUCAGGAGCCACCGCCGCCGCCGUCAUUGACCUCAUCUGCGCGGGAGAGCUUGGGAGCCGCCGCCGCCGUUGUUGUCCUCGUCGUGGUCGUCUGCGAGCCGCACCGCCUCUGCCCAGAUCUGGCGAGGAGGGUCACCGGUGUUGUCUAUGGCGAUGGAGGAGGGUCGAAGGACAGCUCCGGGCUACCGAUGGAGGAUGCGUCGGGCCUCGAGCUCCGCCGCCAUCGGCCCCGAGCUUCAUCGCUGGUGCUGCCGACGCCCGACACCCAUCUCGUCUCUCCAUCAGGAGAGGGGAAGAAGAGAGAUGGAAAGGGAGGGGCAAAAGUGACAUUUAACAGUAGGGAUUAGACGGAGGUUGACAGAAAAUUAGACGGCAGUGGCAUGGUUCCAAUUUUCCUAAAUUUUAGUAGCACGUAGCCGAUAUCGUAAAUAGUAGUGGCAUGUAUUAUAUUAUUAAAACAGCCUUGAAAGGAGACACCACGUUCGCUGUGGAGGCUAGAAA